AUGAGGAGCAUAGCAUCUUGUUACAAUGAACAUGCUAUCAAAGUGUCGGAUUCUUAUUGUUCAAGGCCAUCAAAUCAACCUUGUCUCACCCCCAGCUUUACCCCUUCAACUCCAACCACUGUAAAAUGUAUAUACAAAGCUAAAAUCUCCUCUCAAAGAAACCUCCUCAUCGCCCUCACAUGGUGCAACAAUCUCCUAGGCCGAGGCCUAACAAUCGCGGUUGGCGAAACCCCAUCGAAAUUCGAUCCCAAUUCCCACCAUCUUUCAAAGAACAAAGGCAGCAAAACCUUCAAAGCUUGCAAUUCAGAGAUUGAAGUCUUUUGGGAUGUUUCCAAUGCUCAGUAUAUGAAUGGACCCGAACCAAGCACCAGGUUUUCACUUUUUGUUUUAGUUGACUCCCAACUUUGUCUAUCUCUUGGGGAUAUAAUUCAUACCAACAAUGAGGAAAAGGCAACAUCCAAUUUUUCAUUGGUUUCAAGGACUGAAGUUUUCAUAGGCACCACUAGUGUUUUUUCAACCAAGGCUCAAUUUUGUGAGGAAGGAUUGGUUCAUGAAAUUUUAAUCAAAUGCAAUGAAGAAUAUGAAGAAAAACAAAAGGUUUGGAGAAACCCUGAAUUGUGUGUCACCAUUGAUAAAAAGAAGGUGUUUCAAGUGAAGAGAUUGAGGUGGAAUUUCAGAGGGAAUCAAGUGAUCUUUUUGGAUGGAUUAUUGAUAGAUAUGAUGUGGGAUUUGCAUGAUUGGCUCUUUAACCGAACAUCAAAGUGUGCUGUUUUCAUGUUUAGGACAAGGAGUGGAUUAGAUAGCAGGCUUUGGUUAGAAGAAAAAAACGCCAAAUUUGGAGAACAUCAAGAAAGAGGUGAAUUCUCAUUAUUGAUAUGUGCUUGUAAGAAUCUUGACUAA